AGAUCUAGAAUGGGAAAAUUAAUUAAGUUGAACGUGUGCCACCCUCUAAAUUUAUCACAAAAUGGCAAAAGUCUUGGAAGUAGGAAGUGGAAGUAAAUAUAGAGCGACUAACUGUCACGUCAAUGUCACUUGUUAAGAAAGGACCAAAGCAUUGCCAACCUCCAUUUUUCUGAUCACUCCUCUAGUAAACAGUCGGUAAACACCUAAAUGAGAUUGACACUUCCUAUAUCCGUAUAAAAUAAAGUGAUUAUAAUCUAAAAUGAGCGUCCUGAAAUUAUUCAUGGAUGGAAACAAACUGAUAUUCUUUCUCGAAAUAUCUUCGAUUUAGUGUCGAAGUGAACAAUACUGUUAUUUCUACCUGUGUGGUGGAAUGGCUUUUGUGAUUUUUCUAGUUGCGUCAGUGGUUAUCCUUUCGUUCAGAAACAUGUUAGAUUGUUAAUUAUUGUGCCUAUUAUAACUUCGUGAGUGUGUUUUAACAGUUUUUCGACGUGUAAUGGUGCAAUCACAGCAGCGAAAUCUGGAUGGACCAAAUCUAUAUUUGGAACUGGAAGGCAACCUAACCCAGAAGAUUUCCCUUAAUACCUAGACUGGAGUGCAAUUGCAAUCAUGUUGGGCAGCCCUAGUGGGUCGGGUGUGCCAACACAAAGAGGGUUGUGGCCAUUGGGAGCUGUACAAGCUCCAGGCAUAGCCACGUUUUCAAAUGAUGGUCUCAACAAAUAUGGCGUGUAUUCCCUAUUUCCGGGAGGACCCAGUUUCGGGAGUACCUUGUACUCCCACUCUAGCACCAGCAGCACAACUGGACGGUUUGCCACUGGACAGUACCAGCAGCCGUCUGAUAACAUUUUUCACACCUCGUACAAAGUUUCAGAUUCUCUCUUUUCGACUACAAGUUAUACGUUUGGAGCUCCUACUCCACCUCCUGGUUCUCCAUAUUCUCCAAUACCAGUUGGCCAGCUGGAACUUCUCGCCAAAGGGCUCAACACUAACUUACUUCAGCCAGUGGAUGCCACGCUAUCUUUGCAGCAGAGUCCCAAGAAGCUUCAAGACAAACAUUGUGACAAGUGUUGUAACUUCAAGUCCCAGAUUUGCAACUGUCAGGUUAUUACCCAAGAUCACUUGAAGUACAUGGAUCCCAUCAAUUGCUGUACGAGAACAAAUACUUUGAAAUGGAACGAAAUCAACUUGAAGAAGGAACCAAUCGGACAAAUAUCCGAACUCAGCACCAAUAGCGCUUCCAUGAUUAAGUUAGAGGUGAUGUCACCGACGCAACAGAACCAAGAAAUUCUGGGAAACAACAUAAUUGGUCUGGCUGCGCCAAUGUCUCAAGUUCCAGUAGAACCAUUGGUUCCUGUUCCCGUACCGGUCCCUCCAGUAGGAUUGCAGGUGGUACGUGAUCCAAAUACUGGAGGCUUGCUCCUUCUUUCCACUAAUGGUUUAGAUUCCCUUCAGCAGGCAGUUGUUUGGUCCGGCUAUCCUCAACAUCAACCAAUGUUGCUGCCAUCCCUGCCACCAGUCCCAUCUCCGUCUUUCCAAAUAGUACCCUCCGCCCCUUCCCACUGUUUUUCCGGAACAACUUUUCACCAACAGACACAAGCGCAUAGUACUCGCUUGGUAGCGUUGACGACAGACAACAAACGGAAGAUUCCUCUACAGAUUCCUACGACCACGUUGAUUAAAAUUGAAACAGAUCAAGCGAAAACGUUGCAGCCUGUUAGUUCUACUGCUACGAGUACGGCAACUGUCAUCACGGAUGUUACACCUUUGAUCACGACACAUGUUAUCUACCAGCACCCUACCAAUUUUAUUAUGUCACAGAAUACUGCAACAGAGCCAGCAGUAACUCAAACAUCCUGUAAGUCUCAAGCCACGUCUCCAGUAACAUGUUUAACCCCUCCUCCAGAGUUUCACGUGAAGGAAAUGAAGACGUCCGCCGUACAAGACGCCAGUAACCAGACUGAUUCGAUAAUAUGCGCCGAAGAAAACUCCAGCAUGAUCUCCGCAGGUACGGAGGUGCUGGAAAAGAUUCCAGUAGUACAGGAAGAAGAACCAGAGAUAGAAGUGAAGCCGGUCAUAAUCGAAAAAGAAACGCAAGUGGAGGAACCAUUGCCAGAACCUGAGCCGAGCGAAGUCGAACCGAAAGAAUCUCCAAAACACGUUCUCACUGGUUUAGAGCUACUCUCCAACAGCAUAGACCAGUUCGAGUCGGCCCAACAAAGUACCGAAAUAAUACCAGAAGACAACGAUACGCCGAAGAGUACGACAACUCUGGACGGUCUCGAUCUGUUGUGCGCCCUAGCGGAACAAAGAAUUUUGGAAGAAAACGAAAAACCGAGCCAAGAAUGCGACGUGCCGAAGAAGCGUAAGAAGGAGAAGCGCAAAUCUCGAAGACAUUCCAGCGAGGAACCGAAGCGUAAGAAGAUGAAGUCCGGGAAGCAUUAUCAUCAUGAAAAGAAGAAACACAAGAAGCUCAAGGGUUCUAAAGAGAGGGAGUGCCCUUGUAAGAACAGUUAUGAGCUCUAUGAGUCGCCCGUGUCGGAUGAAACGAAGACUUCAGUUAGCGACGAAAAUGUAGAUGUACUACAUAAAGUCGAGGAAACUUGGACAAACAACUUUUCUCCAGAAAAAGAAACAGACGUGAAUCUCAACCUAAACAUUAAGAUUCCAAAAGUAUGCGACCUUUCAGAGACCAUAGAAGAACCACUAAAGGCAGAGCCUAAGAAGCUGAAGUUCCUAAAGAAACAUUUUCGGUCAAAGUCUGCUGAUUUUGAUAGAAGUAUGAUUUCGUCGCCGAUCUUUGACCAGCCACCCAAACUGAACAACAAUUUUUUGAAACUACUCAAACCAUCUAUUGGUGAAACGCCUAAGUUAGACUUCAAGCAUCAAAUUAACCAGACAGAUUUCGAUUCGUCGCCCGAGAAGCACUCGGCUUCUAAAAAACGAAAGGUUGGAAGACCCAGGAAGUUAAUGCCUUUUUCCAAGGAUCAAGGAGCAGCUACUGAAACGAUCGUUGCUAAGAAGCCGAAAAAUAGUUUGAUAGGAUACUUCAUUGCUGCUAAAGAGAAGUUUAGGUUGCAGCACAAGAGCUAUGACGACGGAACACUUCCCAGUUAUGAAGAGGAACCGGUAAUGGUACUAAAACACAAGAAAUCGAAGAAAAAAAGUAAACUUUGUAGCGAUUUAAAAACUUCCAAAAUCAAACCUAAACUAAAAGCAGAAGCUACUUUUAAACCUGUCGAGGAUCGUGAGUCUGGGCAGGAAGACGAAGGAGUGGAGGACUCUAUUGUGAGCGAUACGGUCAUCGUCAACAAUAAGAAUGUAAUGAACAAUGUGGCGUGCGACGAAGAGAAAGAUGCGAGAACGGAAGACGACAAAAUAUGUGUUUUGACAGCAGAAUUAUUGACAGUGGACAAAUUAAGAGUUCUGACAGCAAUGGGAGGACUUUUCUACGCCGGACAGUUGAAUGCCAUCGAACCUCCUGAUGUGUAUUCGAUAGUUUUAGACGGAGAAAGAGGAAAUAGACCGCAUAUCAUGUCAAGAGAAGAAAUACUGAGAGACGCGAUUGUUGAGGUGUCUCCGAAAAGUUCAGCAGAUCUGUCAGUCGGUACCAGAGUGUGCGCGUAUUGGAGCCAACAGUACCGUUGCUUGUACCCAGGAAGCAUCGCAGAACCGACUUCGCCCGAUCCGGAGCUUGACAACAAAUUCGUUUUAGUUGAAUUUGAUGACGGCGAUAGUGGUCGAAUAGACUUAAAGGAUAUUCGACUGUUGCCUUCAGAUUACCCCGUUAUUGAAUAUGAUUUGAACCCCCUCUUGAGCCUUACUAAACGAAAAAAGAAGCCUUCAAAGAACACGACGUCUAAAGAAAACGUACAAGAAGAAACAAAAGCAAUAAUAGAGCCUUUAAUUGAAACAAACGUUGAAAAUCCAAUUGAUAACGAUAUGGAUAAGUUAAAUAAACUCAAGCAACAGAAACACUUAGAGAAGAAACUGCUGAAGAAGAAGAAACGCGAGAAGCUCCUCAAUAAGUUAAUGCCGGAAAAGAAGAAGAGAAAGAAGCACAAGUGCUACGAUAAAAAGUGCAAGGACAGAAAACAUCAUAAGAAACAUAGGAAACACAAAAAACAUCACGACAAGGAAAGACUGAAAGGUGUAGCUAAUAGUGUUGUUAUUGAUAACAGUAUUAUGCCCUUUGUGCAAUUACCUGCUGCUAAGGAAGAAGUAUUUACGGAGGAAGAAGAAGAAGAUAGAGAAGGCGGAGAAGACAAGCAGACCAGUAUUGUAGAUGUUAAUAAAGCUGUGGUAGUUUUUAACGAAGUUGAAGUGUCUUCGAAAAAGAAGAGCAAUAAAUUGCGGGAUCGUCAAGAGUCCUGCGAAAGUAGAAGCAAAAUGAGUGCCUUUUUACCCGCGAGGCAGCUUUGGGGAUGGGCUGGUAAAGAAUACAAACGGUCGAAGGUUAAGGGAAGGUUCAGAAAGUUCUUCUACAAGUCCAUCCAGCGUGGCAAAGAAAUUAUUACGGUUGGGGAUUCGGCAGUAUUUUUAUCAACUGGUCGACCAGAUAGGCCUUACAUUGGUAAAAUAGAAGCCAUGUGGGAACUGUGUGGAACGAUGAUCGUUAAGGUCAAAUGGUUUUAUCAUCCCGAGGAAACCGUUGGAUGUCCACAAAAUCUUCAGUAUCCUGGAGCUCUCUUCGAAUCCCCCCACGUCGACGAAAACGACGUCCAGACAAUCUCACACAAGUGUGAAGUGGUACCCCUAAAGCAAUAUACCGACCGCAUCGGGGACGAUCCCCAAAAGUAUGCGGCCAUUUACGACAACAAUGACAUUUACUAUCUGGCAGGGUACUAUGAUCCAACCUCUCACUCUAUGAAAAUCGAACCUGGUAUACCAUUUACAAAAACAAAUUAAUAUAAGUAUAUACAUUUUAUUUUCGCGUUUUUCGUAAUGAAUGUAUUUAUUUUCAUAAAUGUUGUCUCUUGCUGGCAACUCAAAGUACAAUAUUUAAUAAGUCCUCAUCAAAAUUACCUAAUUCUUUCUUAGCUUUCGUAUCUACAUCCAAUCUCUUAAGCGUACGUGUAGAUACAGGGUCGCGAAAAAGUCUGGCAACACGGUAAUCUCUCGGAAACCGCUAGAACGAUUUUUAUAGAUUUUGGUAGGUAAGAAUCUUCUAAUGUGGCCGAUAUUACAGAGGUAAUUACAUUGUUGUCUAAUCUUCCGUUUUUCUGAAAAUCUAAUGAACUUUCUUAUUUCGAAUGGAACACCGUGUAUAUUUUUUGCGUUUUGAAGUCCUUAAGAUAUACUGAUUAUUUUUCAUGCUAUAUUCCCUAUACCUAAAUGCCAUAAUUUCGGAGAUAUUCCUACAUUUUAUUAAAAAAAUUAAAUUAAUUAUAAAAAUCAAUUUUUUCGGCCUGUGUAGACAUUAUUUUAGGUUCUUUGGAUUAUUGGGAACAAAAAAGGCCUUUUGUAUUUUCUCUCUUAGUUAAUCGUUUUCGAGUUAAAAACAAUUUAAAACUGAAAAAACGAAAAAUGAUGAUUUUCAGUGUUCAAAAACACAAGUAAAAACAAAUAAUUUUUGAACUAGCAACUGCGUACUACCACCUGAUAUAUUUUGAAGAUUUUGGCGACCACCAAACACCGGGGAUGGGAACAUGAAGAGGAAGGAAGCCCCCUGAUCCUAUUUUUUUUUUAGAAAUAUCUACUAAAUUAUUUCUAAUUUUAAUUCUUCUCGGUGUAUGACACAAUGUGGAUUUUGGCAUUCAAGAGCAAUUUUCUUUAUUUUUGCUAGCCCUGUCAAUUUACCUGACAUAUGAGUUCCUCUGUGGUGUAUGAUUCAAGUGGUUUGCAGAACAAAAACUCUUCUAUAACUUAUUUAUAAAAAUCAAGUCGUAAAAAUGCGAGUAACUGUGCUAUGUUUGUUAUAUGGGUGCUUUCUUCUACUUGAAGUGCAAAAUAUGUGCAUGCUAGAAGUUUUAAACAAAGUUGUUCUUCAAUAUUGGAAGACAUAUCAGUAAUUCGCCUUUUCACUGCGUUGUUCGACAAUGGUAUUUUUUAAAUUUCUUUAACUGACUUUUCUCCUAACAUGGUUUGGGCCAUUUCUACAGCGGCUGGUAGUAAAAGGGUCUCACCUAUUGUGUGAGGCUUUACGUCCUUUCCAAUUCUACAUCUAACAAGGUAGGAUGACAUUUAUUUUCUUACUUAAAAAAAAGAAGAUUUUCUUUUAAAAAAAUUCGAUCAGCUUACCAACUACAUCAGAGUGCUUUGUGUGUUGGUGACGUAUCAACAUAGAAUCUUCAUGCUUUGGUUCGAAAGCGUUUCGAAACAAUCAACCCAUUGAGGAAUAAGAUUGUCACGAUUUUCUGUGGCACACUUCACUAUAAAACCACACUGUACGUAGAUUUCGUAGUAUGUAUUUCCAAUUGGCUUGCGGUUUAAGUUGUUUAGCUCUAUCCUUUGAAGUCCCAGGGUUCACCAAAAACUGCUUUAUAGAUUAAUAUGGAAGCACAAUAACUGCACUGGCACUUUCGCAGACAGAGGUCCAGCGUAAUCGCUUGAUUCACACACGUGACGCGUACCACCAGAAAUCUUCCCGCGUACGCAUACCACCGGUUGGGAAUCCCUGUUCUAAAACAUUGUUUUUUAAUUAUUAAUGAAGCGCAUAUGAGGGGACGGUCGAUCGGGCUGGAUUAACAACUAAAAAACAAUGUUUCAAAAUGAAAUAAGACCAAAUUGCUCAUCGGUAACUGAUAAAAUAAAGUUUGUACUUCAAUUUAGGCACUUCGUAGUUUCAAAAAUAAUAUUUUUACUUGUGUUUUUGAACUCGGAAACGAUUAACUUUAGUUGAAAAUUACAAGACCUUUUUUGUUCCCAGUGAUCCAAAGAACCUAAAAUAUUGUCUACCCGGGCCAAAAAGAUUGAUUUUUAUAAUUUUUAAAUUUUUUUUUUAAUAAAUGUAGCAAUAAAUCCGAAAUUAUGGAAUUUAGGAAUAGAGAAUAUAACAUGAAAAAUAAUCAGUAUUUCUUAAGAAUUUUAAAACGCAAAAAAUAUACAGGGUUUUCCAUUUGAAAUAAGAAAGUUCAUUAGAUUUCAAGAAAAACGGAAGAUUUGACAACAAUGUAAUUACCACUGUAUUAUCGGCCGCAUCAAAAGACCCUUACCCACCAAAAUCUAUAAAAAUCGUUCUAACGUUUUCCGAGAAAUUACCGGGUAGCCAGACUUUUUCGCAACCCUGUAUGUGUAUAAUUUAUCAGCUGAAAGCUUCUACGUGUCUAAUUACCUAGAAGUUAUCACAAAAACUAUUGUCAUAUUUAUAGAGAUGUAAGUUAAUGUUUGUAGGUCUUUAAAGUCCAUUUUUAAGUACAAAAAUUGAGUAGAUUUUCUACUGGUAGUAAUGAACCGUUUGAACGGUGCAAUAUUUGUUCACGAAACAUCGCGAAAGCCAUUUUUGGUAUGAAUUAAAACAUAAGGCGUCUUUCAUAGGCUUAAAUAAAUUAAUCCAAAAAUAAAUCUAGUUUAGAAAAUCAGGAAGUACCUUUUCAGACUGGGACACUGGUGUCCGCCACCGUGCAGCAAAUAGUCCAAGAGUCAGCGCUGAAAAAUUUCUCUGAAUUUACUAAAGCUAGUUAUUUCACAGUUGAUUACUGUGAUUGUGUAGAGAAACAUACUGCGGUCGGUCAAGCGAAACGUAGAACAGGUGGUACUGACAGCUUGUCAAAGUUGCUUACCUGCGGAGGUAAUUAAAUCCAUUUACUAAGGCUGAAAAUCAGUACACACAUUCUAAAUUGAAUAUAAAUAAAAGUUAUUAUAGUCGGUCAGCUGUAUGACGGGACAGAGCCGGUCGGUCGGCCCCAAUGAAUGCACAGGGUUAUUCACUAUAUUUUGACCCCCCUCUAAACUGCUUUAUUUACAGAAUUAGAAAAAAAUGUAAAAUACAAAACUUAUUCAAUUUUUAAAUUAUGAUUUUUUGACAUAUAUAUCGUACUAGUGACGUCAUCCAUCUGGGCGUGAUGACGUAAUCGAAUAUUUUUUUAAAUGAGAAUAGGGCUCGUGUGCUAGCUCAUUUGAAAGGCUAUUCAAUUCCCUAUUCAGUAAUAUAAACAUUAACAUGAUUGUUUAUACAGGGUGUCCAAAAUUUUUUUUUAAAUUAAAUUAAUUGUUUAAUUAAGAAUUCAAAAAAUUUUUUGGACACCCUGUAUAAAUAAUGAUCUUAAUGUUUAUUUUACUGCAUAGCGAAUUGAAUAACCUUUCAAAUGAGCUAGAACACGACCCCUAUUCUCAUUUAAAAAAAUAGUCGAUUACGUCAUCACGCCCAGGUGGAUGACGUCACUAGUACGAUAUAUAUGUCAAAAAAUCAUAACUAAAAAAUCGAAUAAGUUCUGUAUUUUACAUUUUUUUUCUAAUUCUGUAAAUAAAGCAGUUUAGAGGGGGUCAAAAUAUAGUGAAUAACUCUGUACAUUCAUUGGGGCCGACCGACCGGCUCUGUCCCGUCAUACAGCUGACCGACUAUAAUAACUUAUUUAUAUUCAAUUUAGAAUGUGUGUACUGAUUUUCAGCCUUAGUAAAUGGAUUUAAUUACCUCCGCAGGUAAGCAACUUUGACAAGCUGUCAGUACCACAUGUUCUACGUUUCGCUUGACCGACCGCAGUAUGUUUCUCUACACAAUCACGGUAAUCAACUGUGAAAAAACUAGCUUUAGUAAAUUCAGAGAGAUUUUUCGGCGCUGUCUCUCCGUCUAAAAGCAUUGUUUUAAAUGAAUGACUACAGACGAGCCACUUUUGAGUGUCUGGCUGAUUUUAGUGGCUCAUACUUUGUUGCAAUUGAAAACCGGUGGCGGACACCGGUGGUCUGAAAGGGUACUAAGGCUCGAUUGCACAUUUGCGUGUUUUCAAGUUGCGCGCUGCGAGCAAACUGCCUAAGUUUCCCUUCAAUACACAUUUGAGCGGUUUUUCGGCGUCAAUACACGCCAGCAAUAAACAGCAGUAGAACACAUUUAUCAGCCACCGUGAAGAUGAAGACGAGAGAGAGGCAGGGUAAUGCGGCGUUGCCGAAUUGAUUUUUGAAAUAUGAAUCGUUAAUAAAUAAGUCUCGUCAAUAAACAGUAUAGAUAUAUUUGUUUCUCUAGCCUUCUUAAUGUUCCUCAGGUAUUGCAGCCUUAAAUGUCUAAUUUAAUCUUUCUCGAUCAACAUUUUUUCAUUGUCUUCUUCUUUGGGUGACAACACACAUCCCUGUCGUACUCCACGUGUGAUGGUUAGUUUUUCAGUAUGACUCAAAAGCUAACAAGAGAACAGUGGCGUCGUGAAGAUUGCUGAUUAAACGUUUUUUAAAAAGCAAAAUGCAAAACUUUUGGCGAUAAAAAAUAGACUAAAGUAAAAGCCUAAUUAAAACAUAUAAGACUGAUACAUAAGACGUCAAUAAAUUGUACAAAAAAUUGACUAUUGUCAUAAAAAUAUUUGUAGUAAAAUUCUUAAAUAUUGCCCGUAUAUUUUGUGUAUUUUGACUAGGGUUCUAAACUAAUCUACAUCAUCAAAUCUCAUGGUUCAUACAGUUACAUAGUCGUAUAGUUCUUGAUUACAUUCUAGGGAUAUAAAGAAAAUAAAUACGUUCAUUAUUAUAGCGUAGGCAUUUGGGCCUAUACAAAAAUAUUUUUUUCCGAUUUGUAACAUAAUAUAGAGGUUAAAAUAAUAUAACGUUUUGCUGAAUUAUCUUUUAGCAUAGACGCAUCUUAAAGUUAUUUCAGUUUUUCCUAAAUGUUUAUUUUUAUUUACGUGGAUUUCCAGUUGCAGGUAUUAACAAAGGCAAAGCAAUAAUCAUUUAAUAGAUUUUCAUUUUACUUAUAGCUGAGGCUCUUACAAAUCUUGUCAAUUUUUUAUAGACCAGUAGGUGGCGUGUAUAUCGCCGCCGCCUACGAAAAGUAAAAUUCCGAAAAAUGCAGUUAAGAGUAUAACUUUUAAUGAACGCCGCGAAAAAUAUUAUUUUCGAUUAUAUGAUCGUGAAAAUUAUAAUCCCUAAUAAAGUAUUAGAAAAAAAUUAUUUUUUGAGAAGUAUCAGCAAAAAACAUAAUUUCUGUUUGUGGGUCCACGAAAAUUAUAAUUACUAAAAAGUUGCCAUUGAAAAUAAUUAUUUUUCGAUCAAUAACAUUGAAAAAAAUUAUUUCUAAUUCUGUAUUCAUGAAGAUUAUAACUCAUAAUAAUGCGCGGUGAAAAGUAUGAUCCUGAAUGAAUGGGAGCGAAAAAUAUUUUUUCUAUUCUAUACUUUUGAAGACCAUAACUUAUACACAAUAAUUACCUGUAAAAAGAAAUAUGUCUGAUUAUGUUUCCAGGAAAAUUAAUAUUACUAAAAAUUUCUCGGCCAAAAUAAUUACUCUUCAGUGAAUGACAGCAAAAUCUAUUUCUAUGUUUGCGAAGAUUAUGAAUCCUAAUAAUGCGCGGCGAAAAGAAUAAUCCUAAAUAAGCGACGGCAAAUUUUAUUUUCUUAGCUACUCUACUGGAAAAUAAUUUUUGUUUAAUGUAAAUCUUCGAGGAGUUAUUUUUUCCGCAAGAACAGAAACGUAAUUCGUCGUCAUCUAUUAAGAACUAGAUGUUUUCGUCAUAAAUAUUUUGGGAGUUAUGAUCUUCGUGGAUUUACAGAUAAAAAGAAUUAUUUUUGUUGUUCCUGGUAUAAAAAUAAUUAUUUUCGUCACAAAUAUUUUUAAAUUUAUAAUCUUCUUGGGCACUUAAAUAGCAAUAAUUUUUUUCACCGAUAUCUGCAGAGAAGUAAUUAUUGUUUUCCCCACAACCUUUUGAAAAUUAUAGUAUUCGCCGGUACAUUAACAAAUUUUUUUUGUGGUCACUUAUUGAAAAAUGAUUCCUUCGCUGUAAAUCUUCCAGGAAUUAUUUUUUUUUCGCGAGAACAGAAAGGGGAAUACUUGUUUUCGUCGGCAUCUAUUAAGAACUAGAUCGUUUCGUCAUAAAUAUUUUGGGAGUUAUUAUCUUCGCGGACUUGCAUAUAAAAAAUUGUAUCGCCAACACUUAUCAAAGAGUUAAUAUUUUUACUGAAAAUGUAUUAGGAAUCACAUUCAUCAUAUGUACCAGCGAUAUAUAAUGUUCUUGAACUCCUAAGUGGAGCAUAGAGCUUCAGUGAAAACGCGCCAUCGGGUUCUAUUUUGCGCUAAGGCCUUCACCUCAUUCCAAGACUUUCCUUGACCUUUUAUCUCGUUCAUGAUGGAUGUUAUCCAAGUCUGUGCUUAGCGACUUUUUUUCUUUUUCCUUGGGGAUUCCACUCUAGGGCAGUCUUUUCAAUACUGGAACUAUUUUUUCGGAGUUUGUGACCUAUCCAACCCCACGUUCUUUACUUUCAUUUUCUACCAUAUUUUGUUAGGUCAGGUGUAGUAGAUCUUCAUUUCUGAUAAUGUUUGGCCAGAAAAUACGAACAAUUCUUCGUAAACAUUUGUUAACAGAGACCUGCAGUUUGUCUAUAAGGGUUUUUGUCACUUUCCAGGUUUCACAUCCGCCGAGUAAAACGGAUAUGGCAUUUGACUGGAAUAUUCGGAUCUCUGUCCUUGUCCCGCCAGACCUCCAAACAGGGUUGAGCGUGCUGAAUGCUUGUUGAGCUUUUUGUAUCCUCAUACGAAUAUCGUCUUUUGUACCUCUGUUUUCUGUUAUGACACUUUCAAGAUACGUAAAGUUUUCCACAUUUUUAAUCUGCACGUUGUCGAUAGUAAAUAGCGUGUUGUUCCUUGCAUUUAUCCUCAUAGACUUGGUUUUUCUAAUAUUGAUUUUCAAACCUAUUUUAUUGGCUUCAGUGGAAAGUCUUUCCAAUUGGUCAGCCACAUCUUGGAACCUUUGUCCUAAUAGGCAGACAUCGUCGGCGUAUUCUAGAUCGCUUAGUGUAUCCCUCCUGUGUCGGAGUCUAGUUUGGAGAGAACAUAGUCUAUAGCUAUGUUAAAAAGAAACGGAGAAAGUACGCAUCCCUAUCUGAUCCCAGUAAGUACGUCAAUUCCGUGACUGUUGAUCCUAUUGUGUGUCACGCUGCAUUUCGCCUCAGUGUACAGUGGCUGUAUAACGGAAGGUUGACUGUACAUAACCUAAAAAUGCAUGUGUUUUCAGCGGAUUCGCAUACAUUCACUUACAAAAUAUGGAAUUAGUUGCUCGGGCGUUCCACAGAUGACGCGGCCAAAAGUUUUAUAAGAAAAUUUCACAAAGCAAGCUUUUACGGUAUUAAAAUAAGUUUAAUAUUAUAGUAGUACUAGGAUUAAUAAGAUUAUAGUGUUAUUAAUCCAUUUUGCACUUUGUAUAAUACCAGUAGCUGGAAAACCACAUUAUUGUUUUGUUUGUAUACGAUUGAGAGUAUUAUUAGUAUCUUGUUAUUGAAAACAAAGGUGAGUCUCAGUUAUAUAUCAUUAUUUUUCAAUGAAGAUGUGCAUAAAUCUGUGUAUAAAUAAUUUAUUCAUAAGACAAAGCAGCUAUAUAAAUUAAUACAAACGUCACUUAUAACGUUGUAUUUAGUAUUACAGCAUUUAAAAUAUCUAUUUUCUACUGUUUUCAACUUGGUGUGCAGUCUUAGUAAGUUCUAGGUUUGUAUGGCGUAGUUUUGAGUGACUUCCACUCUCCACUUUAUAUGUACAAGGAAAGAUGCUAUGAAAGAAUAAUUAAAAAGACUUAAGUAUUUUUCAGUUAGUUCCACUUCCGCUUGAAAUGGAACGUUAAGAAUGAUAUAAAAAUUUUAGAAACAAAUGGAAAGCCGUAUGUAGACAAAAUUACUAAUUUAAGUUGACUGAAAAUAGUCAUACGAUUUUAGAAACAAAUGGAAAGCCGUAUGUAGACAAAAUUACUAAUUUAAGUUGACUGAAAAUAGUCAUACGGGCAUAAAUCUGGCGAAUGCGAUGGUUGCUAGAUCAGUUCGUGUCCUAUUUUUUGUACUUUUUCCAAAUAUCGGCCCUCUUGCGGGUUUUUCACAUUUUUCAAGUAGUAAUCAUGGUAAUAGUAUCUUUCGUAUGCCAAAAUAACAACAAUUAUCAUCUUUACUGCUGACCUGGUAGUAUUGUUUAGAGUUUAAGAGCCUUUGCUGCCUGGUAUUUUAAUUCUAUGAUCUGCUAUAAUCACAUUGUGAACUUCGAUGGUUAUUUUUAGGUUACUCACAGUUUGUGGAGCUAAAAAGUUCGACCACUAAACACACUUUUAUGGUCUCAAGCAAUAAAUACAUCCUUCCAAAAUGUCACUAUUGCUAAGAUAGGAUUAGAUUUCUGUGUUGCUUUUACUUUUCCUGUAAAGGUUCUUAACAACUGAACCAUACUCCAAUUUUUUCCAAUUUACAACAAAGAAAGUUCUUUGCUAUUAAUAGCAAAUUAUUUAUGUUUUCGUUGGACAUUUUGACCGACAUACUGAUUUGGAUGACAUAUGUCAAAUUAUCUUCACUUAACACCAUCUAUCGCGCACUAGAUUAAUGUCGAACCUGAUUUUGGUUGAUUUAUACCAAUUCAAGAUGUAAAUUCGACAUUUACUGUCUAUUUUUCUUUUCUAUUAGAAAGUAGUUCACAAGGUUGAGUAAUUACUUCAUGCAUCCUGCUAUUGGUUGCCGUUUUAUUAGCAGACCUCAAGAAUAGUCAAAAACGAUAUGUUCCACACUCAAAAAACAUUUUACUUAACCUGAUUCUGACCAUUGAAGCUUUUACUCGUAAUUUGACAUCUGAAAUUUGUCUAAAUAAUUUCGCAACGUUCAGAAGAACGUUUAAAGUGAUUUUUAAAUUAUUUAGUAUCUAUCUGUGCACCCAUCAUUUAAUUAAUUUUAUGACAGAUAUAUUUGUGUAUAAACUGAGACACCUAUUAUAUUUUCUAAACUUUAUUUGGGAAGAAAAAGAUCUAUGAAUGCUCAAAUUUAGUAUUUGUAACAAUAUUAUUUUGAUUGUAGAUACUUUCCAGAUUAGGUUUAGUUUUUUUAUUGUAAAUAUCUAUUUUUAAUAUUAUUAUGAUAUAAACAUUUUGCGUUUUUCAAAAUGUGCUAUCAGUUAUUGUUACUUUCAGUCUUUACCCUUACUCCAAAGUUCUCUUUAUGGAAAACGAUAAAAACAUAACAUAAGUUGGUUCGUUGGAUUUUUGCAUAAAUAAUAUAAAAAGACUUCGUAGAUUCGUGCCCCACGUUGGGCCCCAAUCAUUUAAAUAGAUAUUUUAUAAAUCCACGAGGAAAAAUUUCCUGUAGUUGGCUGUAUACCAUUACAAAAACAUAAAAUCCUUUAUAAAAGGUAUAUUUGUUAAAAUCCCUAUACAGGGCUACAUCAAAGACAGAACUAGUUUUCAAUCGGUUGACCGAUCAUCAUCAGUGCAAUCUUAGAAUCUACAUGCAAGCCACCAAAGUAAAAAUAACAGGGUAAAAACCCUUUACAAUUGAUCCGUCAUCGGAACAUAUGACUAAGAUGUGAAUUAUAACAUGGAUGAUUAAGAUAUCCAAUGAACUUGUUUCCAUACAGUCAUGAUGUGAACUUGUCAGAUAGAGCUCAUUGGUACCUCGGGCGAAAAACAUUGGAUAUCUUAAUCAUCCAUGUUAUAAUUCACAUCUUAGUCAUAUGUUCCGAUGACGGAUCAAUUGUAAAGGGUUUUUACCCUGUUAUUUUUACUUUGGUGGCUUGCAUGUAGAUUCUAAGAUUGCACUGAUGAUGAUCGGUCAACCGAUUGAAAACUAGUUCUGUCUUUGAUGUAGCCCUGUAUAGGGAUUUUAACAAAUAUACCUUUUAUAAAGGAUUUUAGAUAUUUUAUGUGAACACAUUUGAUUUGUCGCUAGAUGCUGUGGUACGUAGUCUACCAAGGCACGCUAGCAUGUAUUGGACUUCUUGUCUAGGGUUAUCUUUUUGCAACCUUAGAUCAUUUUUCGCUAAAAGAUCAUUUUUUAAACAUUGUUACUUUGAUUCAAAAAUUAUUCGUGAAAAGUGUACUUACACACUUAUGCAAAGAUCCCCGGACGAACAUACAUAAAAUGCUUAUUUCAACAGGCUUUAAAAGACUUUUAUUGUGUGCAUUUGAGUCUGCAGAGCUUCAGCAAUGGCUCUUUCGAACUGCCAGAUCGACUAAUCACAUAAAGUUACAUAAUUGGUAUUUGACGUUUAUGUCGCUUUUGGUAGCUAAAUAAGUUAAUGUUUUUAUUGUUUCCCAUAUAAGAACAUAUUCAGAACAAUCUGAAAUAGUACAGCUCAAACAUAAAUACUUUUUGAUGGACUAUUGUAUAUACGUUAGUCUUAUUUUUUCGCAAAUUGUAGAGAAAAGCACUUGUACUAAAGGGGGGUUACUUGUUUAUAAAUAGGUUGUUGGUUUACUUGGUUUUAUAAGAUUCCUUAUCGACUUCGCUAAAACAUUCCACUUCCAUAGACAAAAAGGUUGUUUCAUAUGUUUAACUAUGUAUACUCUACUAUUAAGAAGUAACAUUUUUGUUUUUAUGAAUCACUAUUAAGUUUUUCUUUGUGUAAUACUGAUUUUUAAGUUUUGAAGUUCUAUACCAUGUACCACAGACAAUUAUUUUUAUAAGCAAUCUUUAUUACGUUAGAUCUUAUCUGAUCUAACGUAAGAUGCCUUGUAGACUCUUCCAGUCCUUUUUGGACGACUUUGGAGAAAUAUUAUUUGUAGUAAUACUCUUAAACCGAAGUCACAAACGGUUGGAAUCCAUACACUAUUCUAUAAAAUGGAUAGUAAAAUAGUUCUUUGCAAAAUGUUAGAUACUGAAUGACGGAUAUACAUUUCUAUACAAAUUCAUCCGUAGCCAAUUAUCGAUCCAUAUUGUUGGGGUUUGCACGCUUAUGAACGAUUUUCUCUCUGACAAUUUUAAAAUCUCCAAGUGAUUGUUUUUAAAAUCUCCAAGUGAAAUUCUACAAUCUCCAAGCGAUUGUUAGGACAUUUUAAAAUCUCCAAGUGACAUUUUAAAAUCCCAAGUAAUUGUUUAUAAAAUCUCCAAGUGACAUUUUAAAAUCUCCAAGUGACAUUUUAAAAUCUCCAAGUGACAUUUUAAAAUAUCCAAGUUACAUUUUAAAAUCUCCAAGUGAUUUUUUAAAUCCCCAAGUGAUUUUUUAAAUCCCCAAGUGACAUUUUAAAAUCUCCAAAUAUUUUAAAAUCUCCAAGUGAUUGUUGGACAUUUUAAAAUCUCCAAGUCACUAUUAGGGUAUUUUAAAAUCUCCAAGUAAUUUUUUUAAUCUCCAGUGGUAUUUUAAAAUUUCCCAAGUGAUUGUUAGGACAUUUUAAAAUCUCCCAGUGAUUUUUUUAAUCUCCAAGCGACAUUUUAAAAUCUUUAAGUGAUUGUUGGACAUUUUAAAAUCUCCAAGUCACUAUUAGGACAUUUUAAAAUCUCCAAGUAAUUUUUUUAAUCUCCAGUGGCAUUUUAAAAAUUCCCAAGUGAUUGUUAGGACAUUUUAAAAUCUCCCAGUGAUUUUUUUAAUCUCCAAGCGACAUUUUAAAAUCUUCAAGUGAUUGUUAUGAAGAAUGUCCCUCAGAUGUGUAAGGCGAAUUGACUGCAGGCCAAAGUGCAGAUUUUGAAGUUUGCCGACCCAUUGUUAAAUGCAACACUUCUUCGUACAAAAACAGGAGACCUUUUCAUUUUUAAAAUGAGAAUAGCAUUCUCCAAUUGUAUUUUUCCCAUUUUCAAGAAAGUCAAGCAGCUGCAUUACUUUCCUAUCCGAAAAUACCGAUGCUAUGACCUCUCUGUUCGGUGGAGGUUGGCUACUACAAUUGCAAUCUCUUCCUUGUCUUCAGCUGUUCUUAUUCCAUCUAUCCAAUAGGCACUAUAGCCCAAACGGGGCCUUGGCCUCCUUCAGCAAGCUUCUCGAAUCGAUUUACUGUCGUUCUUUUCUAUGAACAUGUUUUUAGUACGUUUUUGACAUCCUCAUCUACUUCGUCUUCCAAUCUUUUUUUGCAGGUCAGACGUCGUGUCUUUUGCGACAUGCGAAAGUUCGCCAGUGUUAUUUAUGCCUGUCCAGUUCUUUAUAUUGCGCAACCACGAUAUUUGUUUGCAACCUACCCUUCUCUUGCCCUCAAUCUUUCCUUGGAUGAUUAGUUGAGGGAUCGCGUAUUUUCCCCUUUCAGAAUAUUGCCCAGUUAUCCAAUUUUUCGUGCCUUGAUCAAGUUGAGCAAUUCUCUCUCAGUAUUUCCUCUUCUUAAAAGUUCCUCACCCUAUCUGUACAUGGUAUGCGGAACAUUUUUCGCAAGGUCCACAUUUCGAAGACCUUCAACUUAUUAAUGGAAGAUAUUUUCAACGUCCAUGUCUCCAUACCGGAUAAUUAUAUGGACCAUACAUAGCUAUAGGAUUCGUUAAAGACAAUCGUAACAAAAUUCCGUGUGAUGUUUAACUGUUUUAAUUAAUAAAAUAGUUAACUAAAUUAUAGAUACUAUUAAAUUGACGAAAUUUAAAAGUGUUUGUGUAAUUGCGACCAAAAUUUUACGAGUUCUCACAAAAGAAAAUGUCUUUGAAAUAAUCGCGUUUAUCUACUUAAUAUAUGACCAGCUUGUCAAUAUAUAAGUACGUAUUAAACUUCGCGUCCUUUCGAUUAUUGCCAAAUAAAACCUCUUUCCUCAUUCGAAUCUCAAAAUCGACUGCCUCUCACACCCCUACGCUAAAUAAAAAUCUCUUGCAUCUAAUCUCUUUUUUCCGUUUUCCCCUGAGAACCAAACUAUUAAAAUUGGUUCAAAAUUGCGAAUGUUAUUCUUACUUAAUUAGGUCUUAAAGAUUCAAAGUUAGAAGUACAUAUUUCGCACCAGCUACCGUAGUAAUCCCAAUUCGUUCCACCCAUCUGGGCUGACGCGACGCGGGUCCAUAUGUGUGAGACUCUUAUUCCGUGCUCGUAAUAGUAAUUAAGAAAAACUAUAUACAGGGGAAUUUAAAAAUAUAAGGUAAAAUAUUUACAAUUCUACAUAGCUAUUUAUGGACCAAUAUGGACCAUACAUAGCAUACUAUUUUUAUUAGCGAUGCAUUUUACAAAAUAUCCCGGUUUUUUCGUAUCUAACAUGUCGCAUUGAACUAUAUGUACUUAUAUAUAACUAUGUAAUUUUCAGUAACUCUCAUAUCAAUGUUAAACGAAUUUUUUCAGUUACACCAACUUUUUUGUCAGUUUUAACUACUACUUAAGUAUUUAAAUGUAUAACUAGUCUAUUGUAGUCGUAUUGUUGCAGUUCUAUUAGUUACUUUUGUUCUGUUUCUUUACGUAAGUCACUAAGUCUACCUAGUAAUAUAUGAAGGUCUUCCAGACUAUAACACAACUAUGAUAUCAACAGUAUACUUUAGUAUAUUAUUAUUUAUUCACUCAUUGUAGGAAAUUUUGUAAUUGUAAAUGUUAAAAUAUGUUAUAUUUAAUUAAUCUCUGUAUUUUAAAAACUUGUUUGGGCGUGUAUUAUAGACGGUAUUUCGUGUAGUGUUUGUUGCGUUGUUUGUGAUUAUUUAAGAACUUUGCAGGUCAGUAUAAUUAACAACCAAUAGUGUUUCUUUCGGUGAUUCGAUUCUGGGAUCUUCUCCUUUUUCCUGGACUUCGCUUUUCAAAUAUUUUACCUUGCAAAACGGCUUUUACGAGGAUAUAUCUGGAUUCAUUUUGCAUAAUGUGUUACAAGUAUUGAUAAAGACUAAAAUUAUUUCAAUCUUCUGCAGUAUCUUAGUUCAAUGUCCACUAUUUAACAUUAGAAGAAAGGACAGAAAAGACGUAGUAGCGUCGCAACAUUACAUUACUGUAUACAAAGAGAGGGUUGUUGCCCUUGAAGAAGGCCCCCAUACGGUUGAAAGUGGAUCUAGCUUUUCAUAUGCGCACUCUUAUCCCCUCGUUGUCGGUCCAUUCCUCAUUUAUUAUGGUGCCGAGAUAGUUGUAGUGCAUCACUCUUCCUACUGAGGUUUGGUUGACGUAGAGUUGACGGUUUAUCUUUUUCUUGCCAAUUAUCAUGAGUUUUUUCUUCUUUACGCUUAUAUUUAGUCCAUAUUGUUGACUGUAAUACGUGAUUUUGUUCAUCAGGACUUGUUGGUCUUCUAGGUGUCCGCAAAUACUCUGGUGUUAUCUGCAUAUCUGAUGUUGUUUACCCGGUACCUGUUUCUUAGAAUGCCUUUUUUAGUUUCGUGCAAAGCUUCGCUAAAUACUCUUUCAGAGUAGAGAUUAAAGAUUAAAGGUGACAAAAUACAUCCUUGCUUCACUCCGCGCAUGAUUUUCACGUAUUCGGUGUGUUCUCCUUCAAUUCCGAGAUUUACAGUAUGAUUCCAGUAAAGUUUUCUAAUUAUUUUCAGAUGCGAACGAUGCAGACACACCCUCGCUCGCGCUAACAAACGACCCUCUUUCGAGAUAUAAACAAAACACCGCUUGUUUACCCAAAAUAACUAAAUAUAUUACUGUUCGUUGUUACACUUAUUUUUUAUUAAUUACGUCAGCCACACCACCGGAAUACUAUACUCGAUCAAAAGCUUUCUCCUGAUUAAGCAGAAGUGCGUAUACGUCACAAUUGACGUUUGUGCAUCUCUGGAAUAAGAUUUGUAUUGAGAACGAAGCUUCUUUCUUACUAACAGCAUUUAUGAAUCCGAACUGGUUGAAGGAAAUUUGACUUUCACACAGCUUGUAAAUAUUCUCUUCUGGAUUAUCUUAUUAAAUGCAAUAUUGCACAUUAAAAUACGCAUCUUUACAUAACAAAAGCCUCAACAAAACAAGCAUGUAUGCCAUUUUAUCUCUAGAUCACGUUAUCUAUGUAGUACAUUAUGAAUGACUUUGUUAAGUUCGAUAGUAACACUAUUGUGUUCGUUAAUUAUACUACGCAGAUAUUUUUCUUACUAAUCCCUCAUUUUCCUUGAUAUACAAGUUCGGCUUGCUUGCGUUAUCUUCGUAGACUGUUCAAUGCUUGCGUUGAAGCAAGUAUUUGUGAUUGAUUUACGUUUUAAAUAGCACAGUUUAGGAUUGAAUAUUCACAUUAAGAACAAACUUCUAAAUCACAUCUAACUUCCACUUCUUUUAUGUCAUAUACACGAUUCAAUAGCAUGUCUAUAAUAAUUUACUGCUUUCUUAAAUACCCCAACUUCCAGCUUUAAAUUUUUUUUCAUACUAUUUAUCUGUAUAACAAAAAUACCCCUAUAUACAUAUAAUAAGUUUCAGUUAAGCCUCAAAUUUUGAGUCUCCUCCCUCUAGUAAUAUAAGAUUUCUUGAAAAUGUUUACGCUUUUCUUCCAGUGGAUGAUAAUUUUAAUUUUAGUUUUUUUUUAUGAUUUUUUAAUAUAUAAGUUUGAUAUUUCUUUUAAAUGAUAUAAGAUUUUAUUUUGUUUUUAACUUAUCGAUGUCUUUUUAAAUUAUUUGUAUCGUAUGCUGACGAUUCUCUAGUCGGUGAAAAAAUUCGAGUCUAAACGAUUUACGUUAAAAAAUGUUCUAAUUUAUGUCUCUAAAGCGUCGAUUUUUAGGAUAAAGUGGAGAUAUUUGUUUGUCGUAUACAUCUUUUAACAUAAAAUUUAUUUUAUGUAUAAACUAGAUACGGAAAACGAGAAAACCGUAAAACGGGCUCCAAAGGCGCGUGAAAUGGCAAUCCUGGGUUGAGGGUUGAGUUUCAAGGUUGGCGCGUCGAAAGGUGGCCAGACCAUUUCCAUAUCGUGUGGGGUGUAUGUAUACUUGUUGCGCGAUAACAUCCGAUCUCCUUUGAACCGCGUUGAUUUAUCGACAAAUAAUGGGAUUCACUGUGUAAACAGUGCAUAGAGCGCCAAGUCUGCUCUAUUCCACGGCGUGUAAACUGCCAAGUUUAGAGCAAGGACUGCCACAUUUAGUUUACUCCUAACAGAGUAUGUGGGACCAAUUUUUCGUUGAAAUUUUUUCCACGCUAAGCAGGCAGGAAGUGAGUUGCAAUUCUUAGAUCUUCUUUGCCUCGGCAUUCGUAUGGUUUUCAAAUUAUAGAAACCGCGAAGGAGUUACCAGAUAAUUGUUCUCAGUAAAAGUUUUAUUUUAAUAUUAUUUUCAAUUUUAUUGAAGUAAAACUUUCACUUGUAAGCAGAUGCCGCCACGGCACUCGUAUCGCGUUAUUUUCCUGUAAUUCGGUACUAGCAGUCGUAUUUGUUUUGGGAGAAAGUCACACAUAUGUUACCGGCCAAACCCGAUUUCAGGACAAACUAAAAUCAUUUACAAUAACAACGAUCCCGAACAAUUAGAAAUCUUAAUAAACAUCUUAGAACAUACCAGCGUUAUUAAAAACAAUAAAAUAUUCAACUAGUUCAAGACAUAACUGGCCUUUGGAACUCGUAAUGUUAAGAAAUAACAAAAUAGAUUUAGCCUUCUGCUUUUUCUUCUUCCAAAGAAGAUUCAUACUUUUUGCUACUACUAUUUUCUGUGGAAUGUACAUCACUCCUCUAAUAUAUCAUUAACUGUUCUCUACAGGAUUAGUUCACUUAAAAGUACCAUUCGGCCAUACCAUCGGUACUGGCUCAAGUAGUUCGGAUAUACUAAACGAUUCUGUAAAUAUAACAACAUUACGCAUCAACAAGGCUUUUACUUAACACACAUUACAUAAAACUGCAAAAAGUCUCUGGCAAAUACCCUUAAUGAUCAUACACUACAGUUUAACGAUUUCGCCACUAUAGAAUCUUUCAAAUGUCGGAGUACAUAUCCUCAAUAUCUCGUUGAUACAAUAUGUGAGUGCAUAGUAAAACACUUCCAUAAUAGGAAACAAUUGAAAAGCGCCAAAAACGUCAAUUUGUUACCUUUUUAACUCAUUUUCAUCACUUUUCGGAAAAGCGCCAAAAGCGUGACAGUAUUUAUGAUAUUUUGUCGCUUUCUAUUUUUAAUGCUUUUGUAUUGACGAAGAGUUACCUUGAUCGCCCUCUGCACGGUUGGCAUCUAGAGAUCAAUAGUGAAGGUGCCCAACGCAACUGACUAGAACAUAUACAUAUUGUACGAACAGUUACCCAUCUCAUUCGAAUAACAAACAAGAUAGACAGGAUAUUACAGCUAAUAUGUUCAUUAUGUAUUUAGAGAAAGAGUAUACCAAAAGAAAAAAAUUAAAAAAGAAUUGGGCGCCGUCUUGUUUUCGUACUGGCGAGGUACCAAUAGAAAGCCACCAGAUUCACUCCAGUCUAUUGACAUGUCUGAAGCUGUUGACAUGGUUGCGAGUGAGAGAUAAGUACAGCGCGCGCACUUACCCGGUCCCGUUCAUGUCACAUACUGUUAAUCUGCCUAAGAGCACUGGCUGUAACUAGUACAAAUGUAAACGACAAACGAAUAUCUCUGCUCGAAAACGCUUGUAAAAUAUUUAUUUUCGCUAAUAUUUUCCAAAUCUCUAUACUUAUUAUUUCUAAACUUAAACUAAUACGUUUAUACGAUCUAGUAGUAGACAAUUUUUGAAGAAUUUCUUAUUCCAAGUUGUUCAAAGUUAUCUACGACUGGAUUAAGUUAGCAUCAAGUGUGUUGACAGACGAUGAAAACAUUGUUCUAUCGCGGAUAUACCUUUUCAUUGUUUGAGCUAAAUUAUCUACUUAUUAUGCCGAUUAAAGCAAGAUACAGUAGAUAGAUAUUUUUUAUAUACCUAUUAUUUACAGCAGAUAUAAAGACCUCGGAUUUUAAAUGAGCGUAAAGAGCUAAGCAUAUAUUUAAAUAAAUAGAUAUUCGCUUCCUAAGUGAGGAGCAAUGCAGUUUAUUAUUUCUGACUGCCAGGUUAAUACGGUGAAAAAUCACAACUCUUUAAAUUGUUUAAAAGAGAUUUUUUCGUAAAAAUUAUUUAAUCGUUUGAGGAGGUUAAUUGAGAGAAUGAGAAAAUAUUUAAUCGUUUCUAUUUAAUCGUUGAAUAUAUGUUUAGUUCUUCAAGGAAUAUAACGGUUUAGGCUUGUUAAAUAUUUUAACUUAAAAAUAUAAAACAAUCGAAAAUGCAGUUUUUAAGAGGAGUUUUUAAGAGAUGGUUAGGGUCUAAGAAAAUCUUAGGCCUCGGUGGUUAAUUGAACAGGAUGCCGCAUUACUGUGCGAGGACAUACCAAUUCAAAUUUCAUUGGUUGAAAUUUUUGUUUACAUAAUCACUGAAACUAGUAAGCGACUGGACUGAUUCCAAAGGCCAAACAUGUUCAAAAAAGGCAACUGAACUACCUCUUCUGUCUUUUUUGUUUUUGCUUCGUUUGAUUACGGUUUUUUUUUACUCAGUUGUGCCAUUUGGUCUAAUCAGUGCAUAGUCUCUAGUUUUUAAACAAGAGACUGUAAAUAACAUUUUUUUUCUUCAGAAGUUCCAUCUUCUAUCGAAGGUUGGAAAUCAUCAUGGCAAUGCGGACCCUGUUGACUGCCGCUCUAAAUAGCUCUGCACUACUGCAUUCAAACCAUUCCCUCAAGUUCUUAAGCCAGGAUAUUCUUUGUCUUCUCAUCUUUUGCUAUCCUCUGUAUUUUGCAGUUUCUAGUACACAUUAGAUCACACCUAGCAUUAACUCAUUGAUAUUUGUCCACCAAUUCUGAUUUUGAUCAUUUGGCACCAGUAUAAUUUUUUAUUAACUGUAAAUAUUUUCCAUGCCCAAUAAUAUAGCGUGGAUUCCGACAGUAGAGAGAUAUAACAAAGGCUAACGUUAAUAACGUGUCAAGACAUAAAUAACGAUUAAUGGUCUAUUCCAACACAGGCAUCAAGAGAGUUAUCGCAAAUGUUUUGGGGCGGGGCUUAACGUUAUUAUGACAACCGACAUUUGGAAUUAAAUGUAACCUAGAAAUUAGUUGAGGAAUACACUGUUAAUGUUUUUUUAUUGAAAAAUGAAUUUGGAUAUUGAGCAGGUUGACAUGCAUUUUAAUUUUAAUUAUAAUAAAUAUAAAUAAAUAUAAAUAUUCAGUAUAAAAAUAAUAUAAAAUAUCUGAAUAACCUAUAUCCUAAGCACAAAAAGUAGUCUAUUGUAGACAAAAUAAGAUCACAAGUAUUUCUCAACACAGUAAACAAGAUGAUUCACAAUUUUUAGUUUAUAAAAUUUGUAUUCUACAAAUUAUUUUUGUUUCAUCCCAAAUGUCAAAUUAGCGUUAACGUUAUAACCGUCCCUUAUUUGGACCUAAAUAGCGGGACACGUUAUCCGGUAUUAGCGUAACAUUCACUCUGCGCUUGCGUACAUGUCAAAAUAGCGUAUUCCGCUAUUAGCGUGCGGUAAAAAUAAUACCUUUGCGACAUCUCUUUAAUUUUGAGUUUCUGAUUCUGUCUAAAGCCUUUGUGAGAAAAAUUUCUUAACUGAUCAUAUAAUUGUUGUCAUAGUUCCUGAAGACUAAGAAUAGCUUCCCUUGGUCCCAUACCAUCUCAAUAUAACUUGCCUUUGGAGUAUGGCCCACCAAGCUGACCAAUAUGUAGGUCUUAAAUCUCGAGUAUGAUUCUUUAGUAUUGCUAUAGCUCUGAAAAAGUCAUUGAUCCAAAUAAAUCAACCUCAUUUUACUAAGCAGUUUCAAAAUGUCUGGGUAGAUUUUCGUCUGGUUCUGGAUUUCGUUUUCGUCUAAAUGUGGUUGCAUUUACAACUUUUAAAAACGGUAGAAUGCAUAUAUCUUGUAUACGCUAGCCCAAUUGUCUCAAAACUUAGAAAACUGCAAGAAACCUUUCUUCAAGUUCAGAAAAUUCUGCUUUCUUCUGUCAGAAAGAUCGCCGAUUCUGUUUGUAGAUUUGAGUUGUCCUCUUAUUUUUCUUCAAUGCCUUAUGCAAUUCUCUCUACAGAUAUUAAGUUUUUCGUCGCUGCUCAACUUUCAAUUACCUCUGCCUCAUGAAUGGUUUUAAGUUUUUCACUUAAUAAAAGUAAUUAUAAGCGCAUCGAGCCUAGUAGGCCCAUGGCUUGAUGGACCAUUCUCCUCCAUCCCUUCUUGUCCAUUGCUUUCAUCCUCCAAUUUGCUACGUUGAGUCUUUUUAGAUCAAAAAACUCAUACAGAAGUAAAAACUUCAAAUUGUAUUGUGGUAUAAAAUCGUUUAUUAAAAACUAUCUAAAAUGUCAUCCAAGUGGAUUGCAAAACGUCGUUCUAAUUCAGAACAUCUUCAGUACCUAGAAUGAAGUAUUUCCACGUUAGAUUAAAGCAAAAAAGUUAAAAUUGUGACUGUUAGAAAGAAAAAACAUGUGGGAAUACUUACAUUCUGCUGAGUAGUUUGAAACUAGCACACUAUUUAAAGUGGUAACCCCAUAAUAUAUGGUUUACAUAUUAUAUUUUAAUAGAAUAUGGUGACUACAAGUCGAUGUUGUUAGAUAUAAUAGAAUACAUGCUCAAAGAGCAACAUGUUUCCCUGCUCGAAAAUGCUAGGUACUUGCCAGUUCAAUGGGCACAGACCAACUGAGAAAAUAGGAAAUGGACAUUCAAUAUGACAAGAGUGACAUGACAUGACAAGAUAAAGCCAAUUUUUGGUUAAAGCUUAAAAAGUGUAGUUUGAUUUUGGAUUUUUAGUAAAAUGUAGAGGUUGUUAAUAAAUAUCUGAAAAUGCAAUUUAAAUUAUUUAAAUAUAAUCUAUUAUAAAGUCUCAAUUAGCAACUCUUUAUUCCAGAAAAAUUUAUGGAUUUUAACUUGACUGAAUUCCUUCAGUCCAUCCAAAACAACAUAAAGUCGAUUAGAUUUUGCUGUCAUAUAGUUUAUUUCCCCUUUUCCGUUAUGAAAUUUAUUACAUACUUUUAUUCAUUCCAUUACAUUUUAUUAAAAUCAUAUCUUUGACACCAACAUUUACUUCACUAUCUGGAUUCUUUAGUUACUUUAAUUUUUCCACAAUUCCUCUCCCAUUUUUAACAGACAUAAUUAAUCAGUACAAUAGUAUGCUAAUAAAUUUAACACACUAAAAUAGUCGCUUUCUGCAUAUACUGUUUAUCUCACAAUACUCGAACCCUUACCAUCUUGUUAGGCAACCAACACUACAUUUCAUAAAAAACUCUUAAAAUUCUGAAUUUUUGGUUUAUUUAGCUUACUAUUCUUCCACGUCAGUCCAUUAAUUGUUUAGUAUGUAGUAUAUUUCAUUUUAUUUAACUAAUUUUAACUUUCAUCUUGUCAUUUCACAUUCGAUGACGUCACACUUUGAACCGUGAAAUAUACCCACAUUAAAUCUACAAAAUCCAUAAGUUUUUCUGGAAUAGAGAGUUGCUAAUUCAGACUUUACAAUAGAUUAUAAUAUUUAAAUAAUUUAAAUUGCAUUUUCAGAUAUUUAUUAACAACCUCUACAUUUUACUAAAAAUCCAAAAUCAAACUACACUUUUUAAGCUUAAACCAAAAAUUGGCUUUAUCUUGUCAUGUCAUAUCACUCUUGUCAUAUUGAAUGUUCAUUUCCUAUUUCCUCAGUUGGUCUGUGCCCAUUGAACUGGCAAGUACCUAACAUUUUCGAGCAGGGAAACAUGUUGCCCUUUGAGCAUGUAUUCUAUUAUAUCUAACAGCAUCGACUUGUAGUCACCAUAUUCUAUUAAAAUAUAAUAUGUAAACCAUAUAUUAUGGGGUUACCACUUUAAAUAGUGUGCUAGUUUCAAACUACUCAGUAGAAUGUAAGUAUUCCCACAUGUUUUUUCUUUCUAACAGUCACAAUUUUAACAUUUUUGCUUUAAUCUAACGUGGAAAUACUUCAUUCUAGGCACUGAAUAUGUUCUGAGUUAGAACGAAAACGUUUUGCAAUCCAUUUGGAUGACAUUUUAGAUAGUUUUUAAUAAACGAUUUUAUACCAGAAUACAAUUUGAAGUUUUUACUUCUGUAUGAAUUUUUUAAACUAUGGUAUACAGCCAACUAUUGGGAUUUUCCCAUUGAUUUUUUUCUUUAUAGAUCAUCUUUCUACAUACAUUUUCCAUCUUGUUCUGGAUCGAUAUCUUCUCUGACGUCCUCCAAUUGUACUUGCCAGUAACAUUUUCGGUAGUCUAUUCUCUGUAUGUGUCCUAGCCAUCUUAGUCGUUGGGUUGUUAUUACUCCUAGUAUGCUGGUCUCCCCAUAUAACUCUCUCAGAUCUUCAUUUUUCGUUAUGAUCCAAAAGGCGUUCUCCAUUUUUCCUCGAAAUAUGUUUUUCACGUGCAGUAUAAUAAUAUUUUCCAGAAUGUCCCAACUUCUAAGAAAACGUUUGGAACUAGGAAAUUAGGUUUAACACGUUCACUAUUGAGUCAAAUGAAGAGGUAGAAUUGUUGUGGAUUCAUUGCUUGCUUGUCAGUGUGUACAAGUCAGAAGAAACGUAGAGUCAGAAAGAGGGCAAUGGAGAUGAAUGGAAUGCUUUUUCGGUUUAUACUACUGUGCUUGAAAAAUUCUGGAUGUAAUGUGGCUCAAACCUACUGUCGGCUAUCCGGCCAACAUCUACUUUAGUUCUUACUAACAUUUUGUAUCGCAAUCCUUGUAAUCCUGAUUUGUACCGAUUGUUUUUUUUUUGGUUUAUUAUGCUCGUAAGUUAUUUUGUGGCAGAAUAGAUUGUUUAACACAAGCCUAAACCCGUACGACCUUUCAUACUUGUAAAUAAUUUGAUAGCGAUCAAAAUGGCAAUAAUAAUACCUACUACGGUAUUGAUAAUGACGAAUAUCAAAUUUUUGCGUUUUAUUUUGCAAAUGUUUGGUUACUGCUUCGUUAGCCUUUAAACGUAAACCCUAACUGAAGGAUAUGCCCUUUGGUUCAUUACGUAUAUGUAUUUAUUCUAUAGAAUAUAUUUAUAUAAAGAAUUAAUCACAUACAUACACUUAAAAAGCUAAAACCUAUAUUUUAGUAUACGUUAUUUUAUUUUUGUACAUGUAAAUUUUUAUUUUUAAAAUUUAUUCAUGUAGAAUGGUGCUAACUUGAAAAUGAUGCAGUGAUAUUAAAACACAAUGUACAUAUUACGCUUAGAUACCUGUAAAUAUGGCUCUUUAUAAAUAAAUAUUCAAAAGCAAAA